AUGGAGGUGGGCACUGGCAAAAAUUUUGAGUCACUCGGUCCAUUGGCUCAGCUUCUUCUCAGGAAGUUUGAUGUCAGGAAGACAGCCACACUUGGAGGACUAGGAACUGGUCUGUGUAUCAUCUGUGUUGCUUUUUCCAAGUCUGUAUCGGCUCUUGGUAUUUUCUUCUUUUUGGCAGGUGUGUGCAGUUCUACAAUAUGUCAAGCUUCAUUCGUCUCACUUCGGCAUUACUUCGGAGACCACUUUGGAACAGCAAAUUCCAUCAGCUACCUUGGAUCACUUAUUGGUGGUAUGACAGUCCCAUUUCUAACUAACCAACUUCACCAAGCAUAUGGUCUUCAAGGAACUUUAUUGUGCCUAGGUGGAUUGUUCCUAAACAGUGUACCAAUCGGUGCCAUCUUCAAACUUCCCGAUUCUCAGUCUCCUCCUACACCAGAUCAAUGUGGUCUUAGAAAUGGCCAGGAUGUGGAUGAAGACGAAGAAGAUGAGGAUAAUGGAAGAAGCAAAAACGACAGUUCAGAUAAAACCAGUUUUUUGCUCUGUUGUACCAACCUUCUACGACACCUCUCGAUUGCUUUCGACAUCAAAGCUCUUCGACGUGAACCAUCCUUUGCAAUCUUUUUCUUGCCGUGUCAAAUAAUUUUAGACAUUGUCUUUAUAGGCUGGGCUUUAUUCAUGGUAUCUUAUGCUAUUGAUAUCGGUUUCAGUCCUUCCUCGGCUGUUUAUCUCCCCAUAGCUGCAGCUUCUGGUGGUUUUAUUAGUCGAAGCACCCUUGCUAUUGCCAUGCAUUAUAAGCCUUAUUGGAGUCCAGAGCUCUAUGCAAUGGAUGUUGCCAUAUCUGGACUAUCAUUGGUGUUGUAUCCAUUAUAUUCCAAUCUGAGCCAUCUUAUCAUUUGUUCAUUCUUUGCUGGUUAUGGGCUUUAUGGAAGUGCCUCUACUUAUUACGCAGUCAUCGCAGUGACUGUCUCAGAAGAGAAUUUUCCCGGGAUUAUUGCUAUAUCUUUUUUCAUUUCUGGAAUUGGAGCCAUUUUAUCUGGUUCACUGGCAGGUAUUAUAUAUGAUGCUACGAAGUCAUUCAUGGUUGUAUUCCGUAUCUUUGGUAUCAUGAUGGGCGCCAUCUUCAUUCUCGUCAUUCUUCACAUUUGCCUCCAUCGUUAUCGGAAGAAACACCUCCAUGGGACUCAGCAUACUAAUUAA